AUGGCCGGGAGGCGGCUGUUGUCCAUUCGCUGGACCCUACUGCUUUCCUUGGUCACCCUACUCGGAUGUCUUGUCAUACCCGGAGUCGCUGUAAAGCACGAGAAUUUCAAAAAAUGCUCACAAUCCGGUUUCUGUAAACGAAACAGGGCAUACGCCGACGACGUCGCCGCCAAGGGCUCUGCUUGGAGCUCUCCAUAUGAACUUGACUCUUCAUCUAUCCAGUUCCAGGACGGUCAAUUGCACGGAACAAUUCUUAAAUCGGUAUCCGCCGAUGAGAAGGUCAAGUUACCUCUCAUCGUAUCCUUCCUCGAGUCUGGAGUUGCCCGAGUCGUUAUUGACGAAGAAAAACGCUUGAACAAGGAAAUUGAGCUUCGCCAUGAUAGCCAGGCUCGCAAGGAAAGAUAUAAUGAAGCGGAAAAAUGGGUCCUAGUUGGUGGCCUGGAACUGAGCAAGUCUGCGACCCUGGAUUCCGAAUCGGAGACAGGAAUAACCAGGGUUCUAUAUGGACCAGAGAAUAGCUUCCAAGCAAUCAUUCGCCACUCUCCGUUUGACGUAGAGUUUCAAAGGGAUGGACAGACUCAUGUUCAUCUGAAUAACAAAGGAUACCUGAACAUGGAGCAUUGGCGACAGAAGGUGGAUACUUCCGAGGGUGACGGUGAGCAGAACUCUGGAUCCCAGGAAGAUGAGAGCACCUGGUGGGAAGAGACAUUUGGUGGAAACACAGAUACAAAACCCAAAGGUCCUGAGAGCGUGGGAUUGGAUAUCACAUUUCCCGGCUACGGCCAUGUUUAUGGUAUCCCAGAGCAUGCUGAUUCCCUAUCUUUAAGGGAGACCAGAGGCGGUUCCGGAAACCAUGAAGAGCCUUACCGCAUGUACAAUUCCGACGUGUUUGAAUACGAACUCAAUAGUCCUAUGACUCUAUACGGUGCAAUUCCACUUAUGCAAGCGCACAGACCCGGCUCUACUGUCGGCGUGUUUUGGCUUAAUGCUGCCGAGACAUGGGUGGACAUUGUGAAGUCGACAUCCUCUGCCAACCCACUUUCUCUAGGGGUGGGCUCAAAAACCGAUACUCAAAGUCAUUGGUUCUCUGAGUCUGGACAAAUCGACUUGUUUGUCUUCCUAGGACCUACGCCACAGGAUAUCAGCAAGACGUAUGGCGAACUCACCGGUUAUACUCAGCUGCCUCAGCACUUCGCCAUCGCGUACCAUCAGUGUCGCUGGAAUUAUGUCACCGAUGAAGAUGUAAAAGAUGUCGAUCGCAAUUUUGACAAAUAUCAAAUCCCAUACGAUGUUAUCUGGCUUGAUAUUGAGUAUCUUGAUGACAGAAAAUAUUUCACCUGGGAUCCGCUGACCUUUCCCAAUCCGAUUGGUAUGGAGGAACAGCUCGAUGAAUCGGAACGCAAGCUUGUGGUCAUCAUCGACCCUCAUAUCAAGAAUAAGGAGCACUACACCAUCUCAGAGGAGCUUAAGAGCAAGAAUCUGGCCACUCGGAACAAGGAUGGUGAGAUUUACGAGGGCUGGUGUUGGCCAGGGUCAUCCCAUUGGGUGGACUGCUUCAAUCCGGAGGCUAUCAAGUGGUGGAUAGGCCUGUUUAAGUAUGAUAAGUUCAAGGGCACACUUCCGAAUGUCUUCAUUUGGAAUGAUAUGAACGAGCCAUCCGUGUUCAAUGGCCCAGAAACCACUAUGCCUAAAGACAACCUUCACUAUGGCAACUGGGAGCACCGUGACAUUCACAAUGUCAACGGUAUCACGUUUGUGAAUGCGACGUACAAUGCGAUGUUGGAACGGAAGAAAGGCGAGCUUCGUCGGCCGUUCAUUUUGACACGGUCGUAUUAUGCUGGAGCCCAGCGGAUGUCUGCCAUGUGGACUGGCGACAAUCAGGCAACUUGGGAACAUCUGGCCAUCUCUCUGCCUAUGGUUUUGAACAAUGGCAUUUCUGGAUUCCCCUUCGCAGGAGCUGAUGUUGGUGGUUUCUUCCACAACCCAAGCAAAGACCUCCUCACAAGAUGGUAUCAAACUGGCAUUUGGUAUCCUUUCUUCCGUGCGCACGCACAUAUAGAUACUCGUCGGCGUGAACCGUAUUUGAUCAGUGAGCCUCAUCGGUCUAUCAUCGCCCAGGCCAUUCGUUUGAGAUACCAGCUCUUACCUGCUUGGUACACUGCAUUUCACGAAGCUUCGGUGAAUGGAACGCCGAUUGUGAGACCCCAGUUCUAUGUUCAUCCUUCGGACGAAGCAGGCUUUGUCAUCGAUGACCAACUCUACCUCGGUUCUACUGGUAUCCUUACGAAGCCGGUAGUCUCUGAGGGAGCAACUACUGUAGACAUUUAUCUCGCUGAUGAUGAGAAGUACUACGAUUAUUUCGAUUACACGGUCUACCAAGGGGCCGGUAAGAGACACGAGGUGCCUGCACCUCUUGAGAAAGUACCCGUUUUAAUGCAGGGUGGCCAUGUGAUUCCUCGAAAGGACAGACCUCGCCGCAGUAGCGGGUUGAUGAAAUGGGAUCCGUACACUCUUGUUGUUGCCUUAGACAAGAACGGAGAGGCAGAUGGCACGCUGUAUGUGGAUGACGGAGAGACGUUUGAUUAUGAGCGAGGAGCGUAUAUUCAUCGUCGUUUCCACUUUCAUGCCUCCACUCUGUCGUCGGAAGACAUUGGAACCAAGGGCCCCAAGACAGCCGAAUACCUCAAGGCCAUGGCAAGCGUGCGAGUUGAAAGGGUGGUGGUUAUUGAUCCACCGAAAGAGUGGCAGGAGAAGUCGUCCGUGACUGUCAUCGAGGAUGGUGCCAAGACUGCGUCCACAGCGGCCAUGGAGUACCAUACCCAGCCGGACGGAAAGGCCCCAUAUGCCGUGGUGAAAAACCCUACUAUCAGCAUUGGAAAGACCUGGAGGAUCGAGUUCUGA